AUGGAUCUCUGUGUCACAAUCAAAGGUGUGUCAUUCCUCUUGCAAACGGGUCUGGGAAUCCUGGGCAACCUGCUGGUUCUGUUGGCUUAUGCCCACAUUGUCUAUUGCGAGCGCAGACUGCAGCCUGUGGAUAUGAUUCUGUUCCAUCUCGCGUUUGCCAACAUGAUGGUUCUCCUCACCAGAGGAGUCCCCCAAACCAUGACUGUCUUCCAAUUACACAAUCUCCUGGAUGACGUGGGCUGCAAGAUAGUCACCCUCAAUCUUGGUUUCUGCCAUGUAAAUUUCCAGGACCAACUUUCCUACGUCAUCAAUGGAGUAGCCGUCACGGGACUCGAUUUCAUCUUCAUGGGUCUCAUGGUCUUGGCCAGUGGAUACAUCCUCUUGGUCCUACACCACCACAGCAAGCAGAUGAAAGGGAAACGGAGCUCAGAUAGGCACCAGAGCUCCAUGCUCGAGAGCAGAGCGGCCAGGACCGUCAUUACCUUGGUCAUCCUCUAUGUGGUCUUCUUCGGGAUUGAUAACAUCAUCUGGAUCUACAUGCUGUGA